UAAUUGUAAUGAAAGUAAUUUUUUGUGUGUUGUUCGCAGGAAUUGUUUGUGUCUUCGGUGCUCCUAAUGGCCCUAUUGUUGUUGUCGACAUGUGAAAUGGUCAGCCUCUCCCUUUUUCUCCUUUCCUUCCUGCUUCCUUUCCCCAGUCGACAUGGUGUUCAGCAUCGGCACGAGGAUUUACAGUUUCAGAUUAUCUAAUAUAAAACUUCUAUUGGGUAAAUUGAACCUGUUUCAGUUCACCUGCAUCAAGAAAUGAUGGAAACCUAAAUCUCCUGUCAAAUUCUACUUGUAAAUCUUGUUUUUCAGGAGUUACGCGCAAUCCUUUUCCCUAAGGAGACAAGGCUUCAGAUCGCUGGUUCAGCUGAUGGCGCUAAACGUAAAGGCUGACUAUUAGCUCUAGCCUAGACUAAUCAAUGACUGGUGUACACUAUGUGUGUGUUUGUUUAGUCCAAAGAGGCAGGCUCACCAUUUUCCUUACUACUGAACUCACAGACGGAAGGCUUUGUGCAGGCGAUGUCAGCUGACAUCUGAUGGGUCCCACAGGCACAAUGUAAUACAUAAAACUUUGAACUGUUAAGAUCUAUUUUUAUUAUUCUUAGAUCAUUCUCAAACAGUGGAGGUGCUCAGAACAGACACAAGUUGGAAUAACAGUUCGGCUCUGCAGUGAUAGAGUUUUUCCCCCGUGCUGCCCCCUGGAUUCAAGAGAGGGGAAGCAUGGAAGAGAGAAGUGGAGGAUAGAAGUAAUAGAAAUCAGAUCAAAAGCCCUGGAAAGUGAGGCGUUGAAGAAUGACAGGACUUAAAUGGGACCCCUUCUGCACAGAAGUGACGUCUGACAUCCGGGAUAAAAACGUUGCCCAUUCUUUCAUGUGCGGGGGUACCAAGCUCAGCUGACAUCAAACCAGUCAUUCAGACUUCUUCUCGUUCAACAUCUAGUAACUUUCUCUUCUAAUCAGCAUGCCUCUUAAAACCUUUAAAAUAUGACACAUCUGCAGCAAUAGGUGGAACGAUGCAGAUUGCAACAGCUGCAUGGAUGAGCUGUUGUAGCUUGGGAAACGCUGGGAAUGCCAUUAAAUUGGGCAGAAGUGGGCCACGCAGAAGGCGGCUGAUGAUGCUGAUGUGGAUUAUCCUCUCUGGCUCACUGUGCCUGAUGGUGGACGGCCAAAUGAAGAUCCCACCAGAAACUGUGCAGCAGUGGGCCGUGUCCUUUGGAAAAGAGAUUGCUGCUUUGUCGAAUAGAUACUCUGGAGCUAAACUUCUGCAGAAGAAAUAUAAGGAUGUGGAGGGCGUGGUGAAGAUGGAGGAGGUGGACGGCGAAGAGCUGGUAAAGAAGUUUGCGGAGGAAAUGGAGGAGAUGCUCGGACGGAAAAUGAAAUCAGUGAAGAAAUUAGCAGAAGCAGCAGAAGAUGCUGAUCUUGGGCACGAGUACAACGAAACACUAGAGUUUGACUACUUUAACUCCCUGUUGAUCAACACUGUGGAUGAGGAGGGCAAUCCAAUACCACUUGGUGGAGAAUUCCCCUUGGAGGAAAAUGAACAUUUCAAUAAACUUCCAGUUAGCACACAGCAGAGUAACAUCCAAGUUCCUACAAAUGUUUACAAUCGAGAUCCUGAUAUUCUAAAUGGGGUCUACAUGUCUGAGGCUCUGAAUGAUAUUUUUAUUGAUAAUUUCCAGAAGGAUCCAACUCUCACCUGGCAAUAUUUUGGCAGUGCCACAGGCUUCUUCAGGCUCUACCCAGGAAUCCAGUGGAUUCCAGAUGAAAAUGGCGUGGUCACCUUUGACUGCAGAAACAGAAACUGGUACAUACAGGCCGCCACUUCUCCCAAAGACGUGAUAAUCGUGGUGGAUGUGAGUGGCAGCAUGAAGGGGCUGAGACUGACCAUAGCCAAGCACACAAUUAAUACCAUCCUAGACACUCUGGGAGAAAAUGACUUUGUAAACAUCAUAGCUUACAGUGACUAUGUUCGCUACGUGGAACCCUGUUUCAAGGGCAUGCUGGUACAAGCUGAUCUGGAUAACAGAGAGCACUUCAAGCUUUUGGUGGAUGAGCUUCAAGUCAAAGGAGAGGGCAAAGUAAAAAAAGCAAUGAAGGAGUCUUUCAAGGUUCUUAACGAGGCUGCUGCACUGGGGCAGGGCAGUCUGUGCAACCAGGCCAUCAUGCUGAUAACAGACGGCGCCAUGGAGGACUUCAAGGAUGUUUUCGAAGAGUUUAACUUUCCAGAACGUCGGGUUCGAGUGUUCACGUAUCUCAUUGGGCGCGAGAUGACUUUUGCUGAAAAUGUUAAAUGGAUCGCCUGCAACAACAAGGGUUAUUACACACACGUGUCCACACUGGCUGAUGUUCAGGAAAAUGUCAUGGAAUAUCUCCAUGUUCUCAGUCGACCAAUGGUUAUCAACCAUGACCACGACAUUAUCUGGACAGAGGCCUACAUGGAUAGUGUGCUGUUUAACACUCAGGCUCAGAGUUUGCUCCUGAUGACCUCAGUCGCCAUGCCUGUUUUCAGUAAGAAGGAAGAAACUCUGUCUCAUGGGAUUUUGCUGGGUGUGGUAGGAACUGAUGUGGCCUUGAGAGAAUUGAUGAAAUUAGCUCCAAGAUACAAGCUGGGUAUCCAUGGUUACGCCUUCCUCAUCACCAAUAAUGGUUACAUCCUGUCUCAUCCAGAACUACGGCCUCUGUAUAAAGAGGGAAAGAAACUGAAGCCUAAACCAAACUACAACAGUGUUGAUCUGUCAGAGGUUGAAUGGGAGGAUACAGAGGAGAAACUGAGGACAGCCAUGGUCAAAGGAGAAACCGGCACAAUGUCUUUAGAUGUGAGAUCUUCAGUGGACAAAGGAAGGAGGGUGAUCUUUUUAAAGAAUGAUUAUUUUUACACCGUCAUAAAUGAGACACCAUUCAGUCUUGGUAUAGUGUUGAGCAGAGGGUAUGGAGAGUUCAUCUUCACAGGAAAUGUCUCACUGGAUGAAGGUCUUCAUGACUUAAUCACUCCAGAUCUGACCUUAGCCAAUGAGUGGACCUAUUGUGAGAUAGAUAUCGACCCAGCACAUCGCAAACUGACCCAGCUGGAGGCUGUCAUAAAAUAUCUCACUGGGAAAGAAAAAGAUCUGCACUGCGAUAGACAGUUGUUGCAACAGACUCUGUUUGAUGCUGUUGUUACAGCACCUAUGGAAGCGUACUGGACCGCUCUCAUGCUUAACACAUCCAGUAUGGAUGAUGGUGUUGAGACUGCUUUCUUGGGGACUCGUUCCGGCUUGCAGAGGUUCCUGAGGUACACGGGUGUUGAAAAAAGAGUUGGCAAGUCUUUCCUGACCUCCACAGAUAAAGAGAAUAUGUUCACUCUGGACCAUUUCCCUGUGUGGUACCGCAGAGCAGCAGAGUAUCCAGUUGGACAGUUUCUGUACUACAUGCCCAGACAGGACACAAGAGCAGGAAGAAUUGUGAUUAGCUCCACUGCUGUGACUGUGACGGUGGGCAAGAAAACAGCCAUCGCUGGAGCUGUUGGGGUUCAGAUGACUCUAGAGGUGCUUGAAUCCAAAUUUAGGACCAUUGCUGCACAGCCGAAUGACACAGACUGCUCCUCCAUAGAGGGGGUUUGUCCUCUUCGCUGUGACAGCUUUGACAUUGAGUGCUACGUGAUUGACAAUAACGGCUUUGUCCUAAUUUCUAAACGGCGCAGUGAUGCCGGUAGGUUCUUUGGUGAAACCGAUGGAUCGGUGAUGACCACAUUGAUCCAAAUGGGCAUGUUUAAGAGGGUGUCAUUGUUUGACUACCAGGCCAUGUGUAAGACCAACCCUCACUCUGUCAGCAGCGCUCGCCCACUUCUCAGUUCAUUCUAUGCUUUGGCUUCAACCUUCAAGUGGUUCCUCUCUAAUGUCCUACUGUUUCUGCUGGAGUUCAAUUUCUGUAGCUUCUGGCACUCAGAGCAUUUUGCUGACGCUAAACCAUCCAUCGGCCGCUCUUAUGCUCACAAGAAAAAAUGGAACGUCUUGCAGCCAUGUGACACCGAGUACCCAAGCUUCAUUUACGAGCCAUCAGUCAAGGAGACCAACAGCAUUAUUAAGUGCGGACGGUGCCAGAAAAUGUUUGUAGUUCAACAAAUACCUGAAAGCAACCUGCUGAUGUUGGUAGUACAAGGAGACUGUGACUGCUCCAGACAGUACCCACCCAUCACCAUGGAGCCCAAAGAAGUCAAAUAUAACGCAUCAGUUAAGUGCGACAGGAUGAGGUCCCAGAAGAUCCGGAGACGUCCUGAGUCUUGCCACUCCUAUCACCCACAGGAGAAUGCUAAUGACUGUGGCGGCGCAUCUUUUAUACGUCUCUCAGGCCCUCUCCUUCUCCUCUGCCUCUCCCGCGCUGCGCUUGUUUCCUGAUGCCAGAAAAACGUUCCCCUUUUUUUACGAACACGACUCUAAAAGAACAAGACAGGUUUGCACACAAAUCACCUCAAGUGGACUUCUUUGGAAGCAGACUCUACGUGUUUAUCUGCAGACUGCAAACUGUGUGGACAUUUUAUGCGAAUCGUGAACACAUGGUGUUUAGUUCCUAAAAACUAAAGCCUCCAAAUGUAACCUUGUAGCGCUGGAAAAAAUUAUGUGUUUGAUGUUUAGGAGAAACUAACUUAAGUAGGGAAUCUCUAUUUGGGAUCAGAACAAAUAAUAGAUAUUAAUGUAUCAUAAAGGUUAAUAUGCAAAUUAGUGAUAUUAGGUGUAGAUGGGUUCUUUAACAGAUGUUUCCAGUCUCAAAUAUGUAGUUUACGUAUUGAUGCUGCUAUGGCUAAACAGGCCUUUAAAAUUGUAGUGCUACAGAGGUCUUUGUGCAAUUCAUUCUGAUCUAAUAACAAAUGAUUUCAAAUACAGCUUAAUAGUGUAAAAUCACAACCAAAGAUCGUUUACACUCCAUCCACAAGAAGGCAGCAAAGUGCUUCCAAUACGAUGUUUGGUAUGUGUCAAAUACGCAUCGGUAAUCUUGAGGCCAGAAGCAGUUUGAAGUAAAUUUGGGAUCAUUGUUUUUAAGAGAAGUCAGACACGCAAAAGGGAAAGAAAUGCAAACAAAACUCAGCUGAACUUUGCAGAAAUAAAUGCUUAUUCUACAUGUUGAUGGAAGCAUGCGCAUUUCCUGUAUGUGAACACAGAUUUAGAUUCUGGCUACAUGCUGAAGAUAAAGAAGUAUGAGCAGGCAAAUCUGCACAAUAAAGAAUAAAGAUCUGUGCAUAAAGAUGAGAGUAUCAUGUACAUAAAUGAAAAUAACUUAUAUUUAACAAAGAUUUUUAAGGUAGGGGAAAAAAAAAACAGAAUGAAUUUUUAUCAGGAUUUCACCUUAAAACACGUCUUUCUAUUUACCUUUUACUUUUGAUGAGCUGUGCCUUUCUGCUGUAUAUAAAUAUGAAAAAAUACAUAUGCUGUAAGUUUUCCCGAGGAUGUAUCAACCUUUCCACAUAUGUCCAAAUAUACGUCUAACAGGAAGUAAAACAAAAUUGUUUUCAAGUUUCAUAUUGGUCUUUAGUGUCUGUAGGUAUUGGUGUGUUUUAAUAAAUUUUUAAAUAUCAUCUUGGUUGAACUGACAGGUCACUUUGUCCAUUUGAAACACACACUCUGGGUGGUUUUGCCUCAGUAAUAUAUUUUUGGUAAAGAGUUUAAACUUAUUGUAAUCAUUUGUCUUGUUUAUGUUUAUAAAGUCCUUUGAACAUUAAUCUGUAAGUGAAAUUGUGAGCAACACCAACUUCAGUCAGGUUUUGUACACUGUUAAGUAAAUUAAAUCCAUGUGUUUUUUUCUA